AUGACCAACUGCCCCGUUGUUCACUCGCCAACGGCAGCGGCCCUCCCCAGCACGAACCACUGCAUCUUGUGCGGCCUUGGCCCGUUCAAGCCCGACGACCUCGCGUCGCACUUUCCCAGCUGCUUUGACUCGUUCUGUCCGAUCGGACGACCGAACGCGGCGCCACUCUCCGAGCGCCUUCAACAGCCCCCCGCGCCCCCGCGCCACGCGUACGCCUACCUCAACACGUUUGCGGGCUCGCGCAUGCCCGACAUCUUUUCGCACUAA